CUGCCAUGCUCCGGCCAAGGUGGAACACUCUCUAUUGAUGCUGCCGAGCACACAGGCUCGAACGUCGCCAUAAUUUUAGCAAUAUUCGCCCCGGCCGCCGAAUGGACGUUCCGUCGCCACCGACAGGUUUCCUGAUCAAAUAGAUUCAGCUCAAAAUUCUAAAAUGGGUGGCCCUCCAAGACUAAUUGUGUCAACGACAAGACUGCCAUUCACGACGACACCCUUCAAGUCGUCGGAAGACUUCAGUGACCAAAUAGUUUUCCUAGUAGCAGCAGGUGUCAUAUCAACCAUACUUGUAGUCCUCCUCGUUAUUUUUAUACUGCACUGCUGCAAACAAAGCAAUGACGCCUCGCCGGUUGUCAAGAGCGCGCACAACAGCCGCGAGGGAAGAGUGCACAGCACCAGCAGCUUCAACAGUAGGAAGUCCAUAGACUGCGCGAUCGAGGAAGACGUUCCCUCGAGAGCGACAAGGUAUAGCUGUAGAAUAGGCGAUGAUAGACGAGGCUCCACGCGCUCCCACUAUUCCUUCCCAGGCACGACGGAGAACAAGAAGGACUGCGACUCAGGGGACUACUCCAGAGGGAAGCAGAGCACUCAAAUUAUGCGGGCGGCUAGUGAGGACAACAGCCGCAGCGUGGUCCUCCAGCGACAAUUGUCCAUAAAGACUGUGUCGCCCUUUUUCGCCCGGCAGUGCACGGCCGAGCUAAACGCCUCCGAGCACGUGGAGGUGAAUUUGGACAGCCGUGGCUCCGACUUUGAAGAGUCCGCAUGUUACCACCCCAAAGGGGUGAGUGUCCGUUUGAGCGGCGCCGGCAGUUCGAGUAGCAUCCUCAGCCCCAGGGGCAGUUUUCGCAGGGACAGAACAAAAGUGGCCAUCGUUGACCAAAACUCUUCGCCUCCUGCGAGUCCGGUGGAGGCGGCUGCGGGGGCAGCGGCGCCGCCGACCGUCAACUCGCCGAGGAGGACGCCGCGCAAAGAAGCCUCCAGAGAAACGAGCAAGGGCGGAUUGGAGGUGGUGAUGGAGUGGGACGGUUCGCCGCCGCACCGGGCGCCCAGCACCGACUGGACGCCGCUGGAAAUGGGUCUUUACCACUACAGGGAGGAAUUGUCCAAGCAGCAGUUGAGCGACGAGUCGUCCAGUGACAAGGGCAAAGUCAGAUACAACGACACCGGCAGCCUCGAGGAGGUAAACGCGCAAAGUGGGAUGGUAGAUUACUUCUUAGACGACAUGAUGGAGCACAACCCGACCGACUUCGAGGACUUGCGGCUGCAGUACAAACAAUUGUGGGAGCUGAGGGCGACUUUUGAAGAGGACGACGAGGAAAUCUCCGACUCGCCACCUUCGCAAGAGUUGUCGAGAGUCAAAGUUGAGGAGGAGGAUUACACGAAGAAUAGCACGCCUCUCGAAAAGGAGCCCAUUCUCAACUCGCCGGCUGACCUUUCACCAGACCCGGCGACUAGUCACACCACCUCCUUCGAGUCCAACACGGAGCCCCUGUUGAACGACGACCCGCCUGUCCGGUGGCCACCCCACUUGCUGCAGCUGCCGUCGUACGAGUCCAGGAGACAAACAUACAAAAACGUUUUGACUUCGAGACUCAGGAGAAAAGAGGGUGCGGCCACUUUCCAACCUUUGGUCAUCGAGAACAGCAGCUUCGACUCGAUGGAAACGGUGGACACUGAAGGCUCUUCCACGGACGCCAGUAGAUUAGAGCAGUUAACAACGAGCUUUGAAAGUACAACGGACAACACGGACAGCCUUGGGGAAGGAGGCCAGGGCCACGUGGGCGGCCACAGCACGGGGGCGACGCACAAGUUUUGCCAGCAGGUGCGCGCCGACAGCGGCUACCGCAGCUUUGAGACGCACGCGCCGCGGCUGAGCCAGAAGCAGGACAGCAUCGACCUGGACGAGCCGCUCGAGGGCGGCGCCAACAUUAAGACUGAGGACGAGCUCGCGUCCAAGAAGCGGCGCGAGUUCCACGGCGGACGACGCACCCCCGACUCGCUCUACUUCGAGUCGGUCAACGAGCUCGAGACGGACUCGCGGUCCGGCGGAGAGUCGCCCUCGUCGGUCACCACCACCACCAUCAUGUCCAAGAGGAACAAGGCCAUACUCAUGCCUCGAUACCUAAGGCACAACAAGUAUGUGUACUCGUCGCUGCAGUCACGCGACUAUAGCGUGGACGAAAAGUCAGACGCGCUGUUCCGCGAGUUCAGCCGUUGCGACCCUACAUAUGACGUGCCUCCAGAACGCCAGCACCGUCUCUCGCGCCGCCUCCACCAACACCGCUCCAGCGACUUCGAGCUGCACUACUUCAAGCGCAACCGAAGAGUGUCGCCGCCGCUAAGUCUCGACGGCGACGCCAUCCUCAAAGGGUCAUGCAGCGAGUCCCUCAAAGGUAUUCCAAUCAUCCGGGUAGCCGACGACGACUCGUCAGACUGCGUCUAUUAAUUUCGAAAAAAAAAAAUUUAAUCUCUCGUCCGAAAAAGAAGUAUUUGUUGAAUAACAAAAAGCAUGGAUUUGAAAUUGAAAGAUAAUUGGUUAUUAGGAGGAAAAUGAAUAUUUGUAAUUUUUUAAUUUUGGAAAAUUGAAUUGAUUAAACUUUUGGAUGUAGAUAGAGGAGAGCAAGAGAAAGGAUUUACUCAUUUUCCGUAUUAUAUAAGUAUAUUCUCAAAUUUCCUCAUCAUCAUUAAAAUGUGAUAUUAAACUGUAACCUACUAACUAUCUAAGAAUGAAUUAUACACAAAUUACUGUAUAUAUCAACCAAAACGUAGACACGUUCCCACAAUUAUUAUACAUUGACUCUUUAAUAUUGUAUAAUGUAUAGGAAAUUUAAAUAUCAGUGUAAACAUCUGCUGAAUUCAUCAGUACAUUGCCCUAUAUAUUGAUAAUGUUAAUUAAAAAUCAUUAUACUUGUUAAAAUGACUGUAGUGGCUAGAAAAAAUUCGUCACCUUCAUUAUAGAGCAUGCAAAAUUUCAGUAGAAAAAAGCUGUUGAAAUGAGAGUGUGAAGAAGUGUCCCAUAUUUUCAUAAAAACGAUAGAUAGGCAACACCUUUUUAUACAGGAAAUCAAGCGUACAUGCGCGAAAAUGUGGAGAGACGUAUAAGAAGAACACAUUCAGAAAUUUGCAUAAAAUAACCCGAUCUCAUUUAUUUCUUCAAAAUUUGUCCUCAAAAAAUAAAAUUAAUUUGUAGUACAUGCAAAGAAGAUUGUGGUUAAAAUGUAGUUAACUUCAAAGAGAUUUGAACUGUAGUUAGCAAAAUAACAAGCAAGCUUAUAAAAGCGAAUGAGAUUAUAUAAUGCUUGAUUGGGAACAUUCCAUUUGAUUUGAGUGGUCUCUGUUCUGUCCAUGACGGCAGCAACAGAGGAUUAGUCAUAAUCAAUUUAAUUUGAUUGUAGUGAGUAGCGAAAUUAAUGUUACGAUCAAUUCAAACAUCAAGGUUAGUUGACAGAAGAUAGGAAAAAUAAAAAUAAAAUGUAGUCAGAGAGAAGACGCCGGAUAAUCUCAUUUUUGAGGACCAAUUUUAAAAUUUAAUGUUUUCCAAAUGAGUGUUAUUUUCUAGCUGUGUUGAUGAGAUUUUGUGAAUUCUUUCAUGUCUUUUAAAAGCAUUGGCUAAGAUUGUCAAUCACUAAUAAAAGAUGACACUAUAAAAAAAGCAGUGAUUUUGGUUGUUUAUGGGAUAGUUUUUCAGAGAUAUUACAUAUUAUGCGUUGAACUUUUUUUUAAGAUCCUUUAGAGCUACAAUGUAAUGCCGUAGUUAUAGUUCACAAAAAUUAGGAACGAAAAAUGUAUUUUUCACAAUCAAAUUACUGCUUCUCUCAGGUGACAAUUUAUUAAAACUAGAGACUUUUCCAAAUCCUGUAUUUAAAUCUAGAAACAAAAUCUUGAUUUGUCUCCUCUUAAGCUUAACAUGUAUUCAAAAUACGAUCUCUUUUUUGAAUAAAUACACAAAACUUACGACUAA